AUGGUGUACAUGAUCUCCACCAUGGAGGUGCCCAGGAGGCCCACCAUCACACUGGUUCUCCCCAAACCAGCUCCGUCUGCUCUGCGCCCCCAAGGAGCAGUGAGGAGGCGCACGGUGACUAAUCCAAUGAAAGAGACGCUCCUGGAGAGGACGGAUACCUUCUCAGGGAAGGACAGCGGAGCUGCUGGAGAGGCUCUACUCAGCUCAGAGGAGGAAACGGCAGAAGGGUCUCCAACUAACUCCUCAAAUACAAAUUUUGUUCGACCAAUUUUAAGGCUGCCCUCACAGGACAGUUUCUCUGAGGAGAGCUUGACAUCGGAGGAGAGGCUGGCAGAAGAAGCAGAAGAGGCCAACAAGAGACGUGAAGAGGAGGAAGCAGCAGCUAAAGAGAGGAAAGCUCAGCGGCAGCUGCUGGCCAUAGAAGAAUUCAUCCAGACGGAGAGGAAUUACCUCAGAAUGCUGCAGAUUUGCUCAGUGAACAUCAGGAACAACCUGCAGCAACUUCAGCCUCCUCCAGCCAACCUGAACAGCUUGUUCCUCUACAUCGAGGAGGUGAUGGACGUGUCGAGCAGUCUCCUCAGUCUGUUGGACCAACAGCAUCUCAGGCCCGAAGACCCGCUCUUCUUAGAAACUCUCUGCACAUCAUUCCUCAGCCUGUCUUCAGACAUUGAAGCAGCCUAUAAGGAAUACUUGACUAACUACAACAACACGUCGUCGGUGGAGAACGGCUACAAACAGAAAGCAGCACUUUGGAACGAGAUGAUCAGAGUCAUUAGGGCCUCAGCGCCCGAGGUUAACGCCCCCUCCCUGAGUUUCUUCUUGGUGAUGCCGGUGCAGCAGAUCACGCGUUAUCCCCUCCUCCUGCAGACCAUCCAGAAACACACGGAGCCCACUCACCCGGCGUACAAACUCCUGGAGGAGACCGCUCACACCUCCAUCGCCUUAAACUGCCGCAUCAAUGAGUACAAGCGCUUCCGAGAAGUCGCUGAUAAAUACAAAAAGACAGAAUCUUUGACCAUUAUGGACAAGAUCAAUCGCCUCAACACCCACAGCAUCGCAAAGAAGACCGCGAGGUUCAGCCAGCAACUAAAACAUGAGACUGGAAUGGCACCGAAGCUUGUGGACGAGGAGUUUGACGCCCUUGAAGGUUUCUUUAACAUUCUGGAGAACGGGAUCCUGGUUCUUUUGGAGAACGUGGAGACAUACCUGCUCCACUUACAGAGGUUUCUUACCUGCAAAACAGAAGAGUUUGACUUUGAGAUGGAUGGAGAGAAGACCCCCAUUUGCUACAAAGAGAUCACCACCGCUCUCAGACAGUGGAUCCUUCCAACAUUUGAAGGAAGGAUGAGGACGUUGAUUCACAAGCCUCUGUGUGCGCUCCGUGACCUCCUGGUGGGCCCGAGAAACCUGAUCAAGAAGAGACUCGACAAGCUGCUCGACUUCGAAAUGAUCGAAUCCAAAUCUAAUCUUAGCUACGAGGAACAGGCUGUGGCCAACACAUACAGGACAAUCAACACUUUGCUCCUCAACGAGCUCCCUCGCUUUAACGGUCUGGCCCUGCAGAUGAUCUGGAGCAUGUUGGGGACGUUCAGCUGCCUGCACAAAGACCUCGCUGCAGACAUGGAGCAGCUGUUCCAGAGCUUUGCGCAACAGCUACCUCACAGCUCUCUCGACCCCAGUGCAUUCUGGGCGUGGGCGGAGUCUGAAGUGCUUGAAAGUGGCAGGAAGCUGCAGACGGUGUGUCAAAGUGUGGAGGACACACUCAACGCGCCAGCCGUGCAGCCUCUGAGCCCGUCCUCUCAGCGGCGCCUGAAGCAGCUGACAGAAAAACACGGGUCAGGAAAGAUCUACCAAGUGAUGAGCACAGUGGUGGGCAGCCGGGACCUGGAUCUGAACCUGACCAAGGGGGAGUUGGUGGCCAUAAUCAGCGAGGCAGACACCCGCGGAGACAAACGGAGGUGGCUGGUUGAUGCUGGAGGCAGGAGAGGCUACGUUUCUUCCUCGAAGCUCGUCCGUUAUCACCAAGCGAUGGUGGACCCGCCCCCGUCACCACUCCUGAACAUCCCAGUAGACGUGACGGGAGCGAGAAGGCACUCCUACACACCAGAAAGCAAACCAGUUCGUGCUGUGAGCCAGCCUUGCUUUCAGGUGAUGGCAGCCUACAACUUCACCGCGAGGGGAAACCAUGAAGUUUCUGUUCAAGCCGGUGAGCCGGUUCGCGUUCUGGAGCCGCACGACAAACGAGGGAACCCCGAGUGGAGCCUGGUGGAGGCCAGAAGUGGUCAGAGGGGCUACGUGCCCUCCAAUUACCUCACCGUCAUGCCUUUGGGGGCGGGGCCACCUGGCUUCACAUUCUUUUGA